AUGGAAUUCUCAAAAUACGAAACAUUUACACAUGGAUUCACUUUAGAAUAUCCAAAGGGUUGGAAAGUAGUUGAGAAUAUGGGAUUCUCUGUUGCACUAUUCACACCACCCAUUUCUUCACAAUCACAACAAGAGAAUGGAAUGUUAAACUUGAAUGUAAGCAUUCAAGAUCUCAAAGGUAUGCUACUACUAUAUUACUCUAAAGAUAAACAUCAUCCGACUGCAACAGGAAGUGAUGUACUUCCAUCAUCAGAUGAAUUUUUAGAAAUCUCUAAGCAACAAGUCGUACAGAUGGGAGCUAAAUCAUUAAAGUAUGGAAGUACAAAGAUUGGUAGUGGCGAGCAAGUACAUGACGGAUAUUACAUGUCCUAUAUGUUGGAGAACGAAGGUACUUUGUUGAAGAUCAACCAAUCCUUCUUUAUUAAAGACUACUUUACAUAUGUAAUCACCUUGUCGGUACCAUCUCGUGAGGCAUCACUCUUGGAGGUCUAUGAGAAAGCCGUCAGCUCAUUCGGAAUCUUCUCACCCAAAGGUUAUAAAUAUAUCAUUUUAGAUGAAGCAACAGGUACACUGACUGUCGAUGACAACAACAAGAGCAUUAUGCGUUACAAUCUAUUUGCACCAAAACAAUGGAAGGUCACUCUCGAUAAGCGUAGUGAAACCUCAACCAUUAUCCAAUAUCAAUCGGAGAAGGACAAUCUCACAUUGAUUCACUCGAUCGAACAAUUCCCAAAGCAAGUUGAAUCGGUGUCAAAGUUCCUCUCCCAACAAGCACAACGUGUACGUACUCGUGCCGAUCGCGACUCUACUGUUGACCUUAGCUCGUCAAUGGCCAAACUCGUCAGUCUGCCAUCGUGCAACGUAGAAUUCCUCAGACUUCAAUACAAAUCGAAAGGUCAAGACCAACAGAUUGCAAUGGUAGUCAUCGGUAAGCAACACGUCUUUACAACAACCUUGAUUUCCGCUGCCGGCGACAUGAAACACUGGAGCAAUAUACUCGAUGCUGUGUUGGCUGGUUUCAAGUUGACAGAGGAAGGAAACUCUAAUACCGAGGGUGAACUCUUGUCAUACUCUAUCUUUGCACACCUCAUCAAGUCAUACGCUUUGCAAAUCCCAAAGCACUUUGAGGUUGCCGCAAAGUUUUCCACCAACGAAGCGAUCAUGUUCACCAGCACAAAGAGUAAGAUUGACAAUCCAGUUUUUAGCAUCACCUAUGAGGAUAUCGGAUCGGCAGUCAACCAAGAGGAGUACAAGCAACUUAUCAUGCACUUCCACAAUGAAUCACUUGAACAACCAAGAGUUGCCAGCGAUAAAAUCACAAGACUCGACAAAUAUAAAGCAAGCUUGGUAGAGAUGCUCGGUUUCGACAGACAGAUCGGUAAUGAACAACUCAAGGCAACAUUCAAGUGUGCAGUAGUCAAACGUCGUUAUGGUGUACUUUUAUCUUUCCGUACCACCAGAUCAGAGUAUGAUAGUUUAUACUCAUCCUGUUUCUUUAUCUUUGAUUCAUUUAAAUUAAUUUAA